AAGCUGAAGCUAAAGCUUCUGGUAGACCAGCAUUCCAACCACGUCCUCUUCGCCGAGGCCGGCAAGGACGUGGUCGACUUCCUCUUCGGCCUCCUCAACCUCCCCCUCAGCUCAGUCGCCUGCCUCCUCUCCAAAUACCGCAUACUCGGCUCCAUUGACAUGCUUCGCGACAGCGUCCGAUCCCUCGACGAUGCCUACUUCAUCGACCCCACCGAAGAUCGCCUUGCCCUCCUUAAUCCCCAAAUCUUCUCGUCCACUCUCUCCCUCACCCCUCUCCUCCUCGAAAACGCGAAGUCCUUGGCCCGACCGGCUAAGAAGCAUUAUCGUUGCACAGGAAUUGACAGCAGGAGCGCCUUCUACGGCCAGACUUGUUGCGGUGGGAAUUUUGGCCACGUGACGGAUGUUUGUGGGACGCUGUGUCCGGCUUGCCGUCAGGGGAUGACGGUGGAGAUGCAGUUCGUGGCUGGGGAGGCAGCCUCGAAGGUGGAGGCGGCGAGGGCGGAGGCUGGAGGUGGGUACGUGAAGGAGGUGGUGACUUACAUGGUGAUGGAUGACUUGUCCGUGAUGCCCAUGUCCACCACCUCUGCUAUUACUCUGCUUGAUAAGUUGCACAUUAAGGACGUGUCCUCACUCUAUGAAUGGACCGUGGAAUUGGGCAUGGAAGAGGGGCUGGAGCUGCUGAAGGCGUCGCUGCGGUCGACGACGGUGCUGACGGACGUAUUCCGUUGGAAGUCCAAAGUUGGUGUGCCCGUGGAUUGCCCGUGAAAAUAUGAUGGAUUAAAAAAAAGAUAUUAAUAAAGCCAUGUACAAGGGAUGCGCAAGAAGUAUUACUAUCAAUAAAGGUUCCUUCGAUUAACCUA